AUGUUUGGCGUUAUGUUGUUGGUGUUGGUGUUUGGAGAAAGCUGCUGCUGCUGCAGGCCAACGGCGGCAGCAUUUAGGUGGACUCGGGCGCCGCCGCCGUCGUCUCGGCCUCCGGUACCGGCUCCGGCGGACUGGUGCCUGAGCUGGCGGUUGGGGGUGGAGACCAACAAUAUAAGAGGGUGGCCCACCGUGCCCUGGGAGUGCUUGCUACACGUCAAGUACUACAUGGAAGGCGCGCAGUACAACUCGGAUACGUGGGAAGCUGUGCAGAGCAUCAUUAAAUAUGCGAUAAACAUUAAUAUCUCAACAGAUGGUUUGGAUGCUUGGGUCCUUGACGUUGACGACACCUGCAUUUCAAACCUUCCUUACUACCGAAAUGUCAAAAAUUAUGGGGUUUUGCCAUACGACCCGGUCGCAUUCCAGAAAUGGGCAUUGCAGUCGGAAUGCCCUGUCAUCGCUAAUGUUAGGGAUUUGUUCAAUAUAUUGAUCGGAAGAGGAUUUAAGGUUUUCCUCGUCACCGGAAGGUCUGAGGACACAUUUCGAAACGCCACUAUUAAAAACCUGCAAAACCAAGGUUUUUUCGGCUACGAAAAGCUCAUACUAAGGGAUAAGAGCUACAGAGGUCAAAGCGCAAUAACAUUCAAAUCAGCAGUAAGGAGACAGUUAGUGGAAGACGGGUACAGAAUAGUGGGCAAUGUAGGAGAUCAGUGGAGUGAUCUUAUGGGUGAUGCUCUAGGAAACCGCACUUUUAAGCUCCCUAACCCCAUGUACUUUGUCCCUUAG